GGCCGAUUUACGACUGCUAUUUCGAGUUCGGAAAGUCUUUUGUAGUUCAGAACAAAUCCCAGAUGAGAAAACGUUAAUGAAUGCAAAAUAUUUUCCAAAAUCCAAUUCAGAAGAAAUUCCUUCUUAAAUUCUUAUUAACUGCGUUCGAGAAUGAGGCCCAAUGUAUUUUUGAGCUUCAGGGUGCCAUUUGUCUAUAAAAAUCUUUAGUAUAUGUUUGUUCAUAAAGCAGAAAAUGAUGUCUAAAGUCAGAUCUUAGUGUGUCCUGUGUGCUUGGUUCUGUUAAGUUGCAGAAAACAUGUUUUCCGAAGUACAUUUGAAUAGCUUCCGCUGAUAGUUUUUGAUCUUCAUAUUGGUCUGCAGUAAAAGGAUAUCUUUAUGUAUGACAGUAUACUGUACAGUAUAAUGUAUAAAUAUUCUCCUUCUCACUCAGUGCCAUGGUACCUCAGUAAGGUAGAUAUGAUCAUCCUCCGUUUGCAUAUGACGAGGCCUCACAUUUAUUUAAAACAUCAAGCCCAGAGCCUGCCGUGCAGACCGAACAUAACAACAUCCUCUCGGAAGCCCACAAGACUUCCUCUUAACAGCCACAACUUCUUUAGAACCACGGGUACACGGGUGGUCAGACUCUUCCACCCCGAGAGUUGCCAUGACUGCUGCAGGUGUGAUCGUCUACAUAGUUCUCGAGGUUCUCAUCGCCGUCACCUGUUGCUUGGGCAACUUGAUGGUGAUCUUCGUGGUGUGGUCAAGUAGGACUCUCCGCCAGCCCACCUUCUGCUUCCUGGUGUCUCUGGCGGCGGCAGACCUCCUGGUUGGCGUGGUGGCGAUCCCUCUGGCAGUGGUGGUGGACGGCCACGUGUGGACCUCCUUCCAGGACUGCCUCCUCGUCAGCUGUGUGGUCCUCCUGCUGACCCAGGCCUCCACCCUGUCGCUGCUGGCCAUCGCCGUGGACCGUUUCCUGCGUGUGAUCAUCCCCCUCAGGUACAAGAGGAUAGUGACCGAGAGGCGAUCCUGGAUGGUGGUGGCAGCGUGUUGGUGCGUUGCCAUUGUUCUAAGCUUCACACCCAUGUUUGGCUGGCACAACCAGGAGACUGUCAACUCCACGUCUGUCAACUCCACGUCUGUCAACUCCUCCAGCAUCUGCUGCACGUUCGUGGCUGUGAUCCCCAUGUCCUACCUCGUGUACUUUAGCUUCCUGUUGUGUACCCUCACCCCCCUGCUGAUCAUGGCUGGCCUGUACUGUUAUGUAUUCGUUACCAUCGCGAAUAUCUUGAAAGAGAAGGUGGGAGAGAGUCCCCAGAUCCCCCUCCGGCCCCAGCCCCGGCCCCAGUCUUACUUCCAGAAGGAGAGGAAGCUAGCAGGCUCCUUGGCUCUGGUUCUGGCUCUCUUCGCGGUCAGCUGGCUCCCUCUGCACAUCAUGAACUGCGUCGCCUACUGGGGCUCAUACGUGCCCGACGAGGCCUUCUACGUGGGCAUCCUGCUAUCCCACGCCAACUCUUCCAUGAACCCCGUGGUGUACGCUCUGAAGAUCCCCAAGAUCAGGCUGGCCUACCGCCAACUCUGCAGGAGCUGCCUGGCCUGCGUGGAGGAGGCAAACCAAACGAGCCAAUCAGAGAACAAGACCAGCAGCAAUUCAAACAGUGGAGCCAAAUGAUGUGGUCCGAUCGUGUGGCUAGAUAUUACAGGGUAGCUUAUCGUAUGAUGGGGAGCUUAUUUCCUUAUUGUCAACUUCAGUUUCACUUUUGAAUGAAUGCAAAUGAGUGCAAAUGGUGUUCCUCGAGGUAGGAAAGGCCGUUGAUAUGUCAUGGAAUACAGUAUAACAUUGUUAUGUAGCCCUGUGGGAUUUUGGGGUAUUGUCAUAAUCAUUGUAUUUUAAUUUGUUUACUUUAUUUGAAAUUGUACAAUUUAUAAUGUUAAAUAUUGUAGCGACCCACGGAUUGGUCGCGUGUUAACUCGCGCUGUUGGCGCAAAGGAUUGUGGGUGGC